AUGCCAGAUAUUCGAGAGUUUCUUGGUAUUGCCAGAGAGGAGUGGAAUGCGGCGACCAUCACGAAACUUGGUAUUAAACCGCAUCCUGCGAUUGCGACCCUCCCGAAACAGGAGAGGAAGGACACAGCGGGGGAGCGGAGGAGGAGGAUUGAGGACGAGAAGCGGGAAGUGGAUGACGACGACGAUGAUGAGGAGGAAGAGGAGUAUGACCCGUGGGAAUAUGAAGCAUUUCGCUGUGACUGGAGCAUAUUCUCCCACAUCCACGGAUCAUUCGAGGACACAACCUCCUCCAUUACCUGCCCCGCGGAAACUCUUCAGGUCUUUUCAGCCAAGGUUGCAGAAAUAAGAGGGGGCUUACAGCGGCCGCUGGAUGUGUUUGGUUUCUUUGCUGUACGUGACUGGAUUGACCAUAAUCGGAAUAUUAUCUACAACCGUGCAAGGGACAAUUGCCAAACCCUUACGCAAGAGGUAUGUAUCGUUCAUUGGUUUGUUUGUCUCCGGCUGUGCUUCCUAACACAGCUAGCUACCAUGACCUUUUUCUAUCUUACCCACACAUGCACCAGUCAGCCCUCCCUAAUUUUCGUUACCAUGGAGGCAUACAUACAUUUCCUUGUCGCCUUUACACCCAUACCAUAUCUCUUAUUCUAUUUGUCACUUACUAUAAUGCAUCGAGCUAACAUGCUUCUCCCAUUUUUGUGUUAUGUACACCACGUCGUUUAUGCUAUGCAGUUCCCUAUUAUACUGUUUUGUAUUGAAUAUGUUGCUCAGCAUUUAUCUCUUCUGUUCCAGUUCCCCAAUUACUUAUUUAAUGGUUUUACAUGCAUGCAGGAUCAUAACUUAGUACUAGCAGGUCCUACCCGUGCUAUUGUGUGUGGUAUCCAGGGACCUGCGACCUUCGAAGUUGACCUGAAAGUGAAGGGCGCUACGGAGUCAGAAGAUAAAUGCUUAAGCUUCCUAGCUGCGAAAUUCUUGUUCAUGGAUUCUUAUAUGUCUCGCCAGACCAAUAUUGCUUACACUAGCAAGCUAAGCCUAAGCACACUAGAGUUUACACUUGGCUGUAUUGUUCAGUCUGUAGAGGCCACAAUAUUUAUGCGAGUCAUUCGUGGGUCAUGGCCAGGUGAUUUUUGCUGUGAAUUUGCUGCCCUUACUACUGAUGCCAGUGGCAAGAAUACCGCAUCUGCCUAUAAUGCACCCUGUAUUGAUCGUGAGAAAUUCGUCUUACUGGAUUCUAGAGGUGAAGGUGCCGCCUGCUUGUGAUGGUAAGAUUAAUCUUUCACGGCUUGUUGUUUCUGUUGGAACUGAGGGAGAGCUGAAAGUAUCUGUCAAGGUGUGGAAAGAUUAUAACACUGUCAUGGUAAAAGAGGAAGUUUUCAAACCUUUGAAGGCCGGUUUAAGCUAUGGUGAGCUUGACAUUGGCUUCUGUGCAGUGGAAGUCAAUAUCGCAUGGUCACUCAUUAUGAAAGAGCCUGUUCUAGCAAACUGUCGUCCUAACAGGAACGAGUACACAAUUGAAUAAAAAAGGGAAUUCACAAUAAGGUGGCAAGAUCCUUGUCUGUGGCAAAUCCAUGUUGUUGGCUACCUGGCUAUUGUCUUUUCGAAAGUUGUUUAUCAAUUGUUAUUCUCUUCUUGCUUAGGCCCUACUUCUGAAACAAGUUCAGGUCAUCUAGAAUAGAAUGCUUAGGACAAACAUGGUGUUAUUUCACAUAGGCUUGUAGUGAAAGUUUUGAGUGCUUCUUUGAGUGGGUAAUCGAUUGAAACUCAUCUUUCUGGAUUGUGUGAGUUCUUCCUCAUUG